CCUACCACUUGAUUUUAUGUAUUGCCUGGCAUUACGAAAAUAUAGCUAUACAUAUACAUACAUACAGAUUGUAAAACGACGUAAUAAAUUUCAUAAAUUCUAAAUUUUGAAUAUAAAAAAUAAAGAGACAAAAAUGAAUGUUUUUGUAAAAUCUCUUGUACCAGUAGUUAAACCAGUAUCUCUGGUAAAAUGUAUUUCAACAACUUGUGCGCAUUACAAGGCCGAUUUUCAGGAUGUAAUUCAUCCAGAAAGCCAAAAACUUGACAUACCAUUAUAUGAGAAACGUAGUGAAGAGAAUAAAGAUGUUAAAAAAGCUCGACUAUUAUAUCAAUCUCGUAAACGUGGUAUGUUAGAAAAUGGUCUUAUUUUAAGUACAUUUGCUAAGAAAUAUUUAUCCAGCUUUGACGAUAAACAAUUACACUUGUAUGAUUGUCUUAUCAAUCUGCCAACAAAUGAUUGGGAUAUAUUUUACUGGGCGACAGGUGCCAAACCCACUCCACCUGAAUUUGAUAAUGAAGUUAUGGAUUUGUUAAAAAAACAUGUCAAAAAUGCAGACCGUCAGACAAGAAUAAUGCAACCUGAACUAUGAUUAUUAUAAUAUUUAGUUAUAAAGUAUUUAACAGCCUAAAUUUUUAUUUUAACUUCAUGAAAAAAUAAAGUUAUACUGUAAUAAUAAGUUAUUUAUAAAAGUUAUUAAUUUAAUUAACGUUAUUUAGCAUUAUUUAAUUAUUUAAAAUUGUAGAUAAAUAUGUUGUAUUUAUGGUAAAUAUAACAUGUAGAAUAUAAAUAAAUGAUAGAUAAUGUAUAUCUACAAAAGUAAGUUGUUACAUCAAUAAAUAAUUGGAAAAGUA